AUGUCUUCCUCUCUGUUCUCCUCAGGCAGUCUGAGAGGGUGUGUUGUAGUUGAUGCUGCCACCCCAACCACUGCCAUUCCAGCUGCUGCUACUCCAAAUGGCUCUGACCCGCUUCCUCCUCUUCCUCAUCCUCCUUCAAUUGAAUCCACCACCCCACAAUCUCGUUGCAACGAUCUACCAAACCAAUUCCACCAAUUCUUCAACGACAACUCUCUCGACCUUCUCGUACACCAAGUCCAUGACCUUAAGCUGUCUACAAUCGAGGGCCAACGUCAAAUCCGGGCAGUGAUGAAUAUGUUCCAUUUCCUCUCUGAAUGUAAACGGGAAAUCCUCGAUAGCUUAGUUACGAUAAAAUCCAUAUUGGAAGCCAAGUCAGGGGAGGAGUUGCAAUCGAUUAGAAAUCGGUUGAACUAUGCGGUUGCAAAAGAGGAAAUCUAUUCUGAAGUUGUUGGGUUGUUUGAAUACAUUGUGAGUACACCCUUUGAUGAAAAUGACAGAUCAAGUCAGUGGGAAGAGUGCGAUUUUGACGUUGCAGAGGAGUGCGAGGAAUACCAAUUGCAGAAUAUUGAACUCUCAGCUGCUAGGAAUUUGAGUGCCAUGAGGAAGUUGGUGCGACACUUGAAUCAUGAGGUUCAUUCAGUUGCUCCUAGCACUGGCAACCGGGAUAGUGCGCGGGAAAUGCCAAGAGAAAGGCAACCAAACGUGGUGGACACAUAUGGGGUGGUUUUAAGCUUUGAAUUGGUGCAGGAUCCACAACAGCAAUUCGAGCCUAUGGUUGAAGGAACUCAAAUUCCUAAAAUUGAGCAGAUUAAGGAGAUUGAGGAGACUGAAGAUGAAAGUGGGACCGGUGUUGCCAAAGGCCAGGUUGCAGAGAUUGACAGCACCAAAUCGUCUAGAGUUGAAGCUGUAGAGAACCUGCUUCAAGGAGUGAAUCAAGUGUUGGAGGAAGAUUUGACUGAGUUUGCUGGGGAAGUUUCCAAGCACGUUGUGGGUGAAGCCAUCAACAACGUUGAGGCGGCUGCAAAAGUAAAUGUUGUCGCUCCAACACAGAUUGAUGGUCCGGACGACGUUAAUGCACAAAGCAUAGUAAAGGAAAUUGUUACUGAGGUUGUACGGAAGGUUGGAACGGAAUCUAUUGCUGAGAUCAUUGGACAAGCUGUUCAUGACUCGAUUGCAGAGGCUAUCGGGGAAGAAAAGGAAGCAGAAAAUUCCAAUCAAACCGUAACUCCCAAAGAGAAGAUAGCUGAUGAUGCUGUCGUUGCAAACGUUGUUGGAAAAGUUGCUGAGAAGCUAGCUCUGGGUUUACUCGAACAUGUUGAAGAGAGCCUUGUGGAAGAGUUUAACGAAUCUGUCUCUGACGUACCUUCUCAAAGCAUCACCACAUCCAAUGGUCAAGAGAUUGAGUGUGUUGCUGAAAAAGCUUCAAGGCAAGAGCACCAAGCAUUCACUGGCUCUAACUAA